CCCGCCCUGCCGAGCUGCUCCUGGGAGAUCCGCCGACGCGAGGCGCACAGCGCGCUCUCUGCCCCAGCUCCGUCAGUGUGUCCGGGCAGCGCUGAGUGGCUGCAGGCAGGUCCGCCGACACCGCGCACCGAGAGCAAACUAUCACUGGAAAAGCGUUUAAAAGCGACUCCUGUGCAACCUGAAGCCUUUUCCUCGCAGCCAAACACAGUUAUUCACCGGAGCCGAGUGAAUUUCCCCCUCUGUCCUGCUUUCUCUGGAGAUGCGUCGCUUGGAGAACUAGGAGCGGGAGGCGCUGCACACUGAAGCCGGGAUGAGUGGGAGCUCCGUGGGGUCCGGCGCGGCGCCUUGCCGCUUCGCCCACUACUUUGUUAUAUGCGGGAUAGACACAGAAACUGGACUGGAACCGGACGAAUUGGCAGCUUUGUACCAAUGGCUAGAAGCAGACCGCCAAGGCAGGGACCCCGAUGCGGCGACCACAGGGGAAAACUUUGAGCAGAGCCCCCUCAAGAGGACGUUCAAGUCCAAAGUGCUCGCCCACUACCCCGAAAAUGUGGAGUGGAACCCUUUUGACCAGGAUGCAGUCAACAUGCUCUGCAUGCCCAAAGGCCUGUCAUUCCGGACGCAGGCGGACCAGCGCGAGCCGCAGUUCCACUCCUUCAUCAUCACGAAGGAGGACGGCUCUCGGACCUACGGCUUCGUCCACACCUUCUACGAGGAGGUGACGAGCCCGCAGAUCUGCUCGGCCAUGCAGACGCUCUACCAGAUGCACAACGCGGAGCACGCCUCCGCCAACCCCCCUUCCUCCUCGUCCUCCUCCUCCUCCUCCAGUAUGGACUCUCUGGCGAGCAGCUUGGACGAAGCGGACUCCCCCACCUCGUCCUCGUCCUCGUCCUCGUCGCGAGGCGGCGGCGGCGGCGGCGGGUACGACGCGUCGCGGGACACCCUGUACGUCUCCAAGGCGCUGUGUCUGAUCACGCCCAUGCCCUUCAUGCACGCCUGCCGCCGCUUCCUGUCCCAGCUGCACCGGGCCGUCACGGCCGCCACCGCCCCGCCGCUGCCGCUGGAGAGCUACGUCCACAACAUCCUGUACGAGGUGCCGCUGCCGCCGCCGGGCCGCUCGCUCAAGUUUCACGGCGUGUACGAGCCCGUCGUCUGCCAGAGGCCCGGCCUGAGCGAGCUGCCGCUGGCCGACUUCCCCCUGGGCGACGCCUUCAGCCUGCUGGGAGUUGAGAACCUGGUCCAGCUCUUCACCUGCACCCUGCUGGAGAUGCAGAUCCUCCUCUACUCACAGGACUACCAGAGGUUGAUGACGGUGGCCGAGGGCAUCACCACGCUGCUCUUCCCCUUCCAGUGGCAGCACGUCUACGUCCCCAUCCUGCCCGCCUCCCUGCUGCACUUCCUGGACGCGCCCGUCCCGUAUCUGAUGGGCCUGCAGUCCAAGGAGGGCACCGACCGGUCCAAGCUGGAGCUUCCUCAGGAGGCCAACUUGUGUUUUGUGGACAUUGACAACCACUGCAUCGAGCUGCCGGAGGAUUUCCCCCAGUUCCCCAACAAGACGGAGUUCAUUCAGGAGCUCAGCGAGGUGCUGCUCAGCUUCGGCCUCUCUCCCAAAGGGGGCGCCCCGCCGCGGACCGGCACCCCCGCGCCUCGCUCCAACCCCGGCAGCACCCCCUCCACCCCGGGCCGGGAGCGCAAGGCGGCGGCGGCGCUGCGGGAGCUGGAGGACGACGGGCGCAACGGGAACCUGGCCGGGGACGAGCUCGCCGUGCUGGAGCUGCUGCAGGGAAACGCCACUUUGGAGAGGCUGCAGGCGCUGGCCAAGCGCACCGGGGUGACGGUGGCCCGCGUGGACGCCCUGAGGGCCGGGGUGAAAGGUCAGGGGACGGAGGGCCAGGGAGGGCGCACGGCGGCCGAAGAGGAGGAGCUGAGGAACGCCAAGCUGAGCGUCCAGCUGCGGGAGGUGUUCGCCAGCCGCUUCACCACCAUGUUCGCCGACUACGAGGCCUUCGUCAUCCAGAGCUCGCCGGAUCUGGAGUCCUGGCUCACCAACAGAGAGCAGAUGCACAACUUUGACAAGGCCUCGUUCCUGUCAGACCAGCCGGAGCCCUACCUGCCGUUCCUCUCCCAUUUCAUCGAGACCCAGAUGUUCGCCACCUUCGUCGACAACAAGAUCAUGUCCCAGUGGGAGGAGAAGGAGACCCUCCUCCGCGUCUUCGACGGACGCAUCGACAAAGCCCGCCUGUACAACGUCCGCGCUCCCAGCCUGCGCUCCUCCAAUUACCAGCGCUGCACCAUCCUCAAGGAGUCUGCCCAGGCCAUCGAGCAGAGGCUGAUGAAGAUCGACCACACCGCCAUCCACCCACACCUGCUGGACAUGAAGAUCGGACAGGGCAAGUACGAGCAGGGCUUCUUCCCCAAACUGCAGGCCGACGUGCUCAACGCCGGGCCCACCAACAACAAGUGGUCGCACAGGACGGCAACCACUCAGCGCAGGAAAGACCGCCACCGGCAGCAGACGGAGCAUCUGAACCUGGACAACGACUUGAAAGAGGAGGUCGACGGGUGUGUGGUCCUGCAGAACUCCAUGGCGUUCUGGGAGUGGGACAACGCGUCCCCCCCGCCUAUCAAACCGCCCAAAAAAUCCGCCUCCGCGUCCUGCCUGAAGUACAUGCAGGAGGCUCGCAGCCUGGGGAAGAACCUGCGCCAGCCCAAGCUGUCGGAUCUGUCUCCGGCCGUCAUCGCCCAGACCAACUGGAAGUUUGUGGAGGGUCUGCUCAAGGAGUGCCGCAUGAAGACCAAACGUAUGCUGGUGGAGAAGAUGGGCCGGGAGGCGGUGGAGCUCGGUCACGGCGAGGCCAACAUCACGGGGCUGGAGGAGAACACGCUCAUCGCCAGCCUGUGUGACCUGCUGGAGAGGAUCUGGAGUCACGGGCUGCAGGUCAAACAGGGGAAGUCAGCCCUCUGGUCUCACCUGCUGCACUACCAGGCCCGAGAGGAGAAGCUGGAGCAGCAGCAGGCAGAGUCACCAGUGCCGCAUGUUGCUGAGAGGAGGAAGUCUGAAUCGGCCAUCGGGAUGCCGUCUCUGCGUGUGUCCGUCAUACAGGACAUGAGACACAUUCAGAGUAUGUCUGAGAUUAAGACGGAGGUGGGCCGAGCCAGAGCCUGGAUCCGUCUGUCCCUGGAGAAGAAGCUGCUUUCCCAGCACCUCAAACAGCUGCUGUCCAGACAAGCCUUAACCAAGAAGCUGUACAAGCGUUACGCCUUCCUGCGCUGCGAGGAGGAGAAGGAGCAGUUCCUCUUUCACCUGCUCUCCCUCAACGCCGUCGACUAUUUCUGCUUCACCAGUGUCUUCACCACCAUCAUGAUCCCGUACCGUGCCGUCAUCAUCCCCAUCAAGAAGCUGAGCAACGCCAUGACCACCUCCAACCCCUGGGUGUGUGUGUCGGGCGAGCUGGGGGACUCGGGCGUCAUGCAGAUCCCCAAGAACGUCCUGGAGAUGACCUUUGACUCUGCUUUCAGGCCUCACACGCACAUCUCCGCCAUGUUCAAGUGUCAGAAUCUGGGGAAGCUGACCACCGUCCAACUGGGUCACGACAACGCCGGCCUGCUGGCCAAGUGGCUGGUCGACUGCGUCAUGGUGCGCAACGAGAUCACAGGACACACCUACAAGUUCCCCUGCGGGCGCUGGCUCGGUAAGGGGGUGGACGACGGCAGCCUGGAGAGGGUCCUGAUCGGCGAGCUGGUGGUUCCCAGCGGAGAGGAGGAUUCUGGGAGGGGCUGCCGCACGCCCCCGCUGCAGCGCUCGCCGUCGCAGACCAGGCGCAUCAGCAUCACGUCGCUGUCGGGACGCGGCUGCAAGCCAACGUCUGCGCAAAUCCAAGAGGCCAUCGGCGAGGCGGUGAACAACAUCAUCAAGCACUUCCACAAGCCCGAGAAAGAGAGAGGCAGCCUGACCAUCCUGCUGUGCGGAGAGAGCGGUUUGGUCGGAGCUCUCGAGCAGUUCUUCCACCACGGCUUCAAGUCCGCCCGGCUCUUCCAGAAGACCGUGUUCGUGUGGGACUUUGUGGAGAAGGCAGUGGCCUACAUGGAGUCGGCCGACCAGAUGGGAGACCUUCAGGAGACCGCCGAGCCCCUGGGGAUGACCUGUCAAUCACUCUGUCGCUACGUCAACGCCAUCAACUCCACGCCCAGGAGCAUCGGCAAGGAUGGAAAGUUCCAGCUGCUGGUGUGCCUCGGUGCCAGAGACCGCCUGCUGCCACAGUGGCUCCCCCUGCUGGUGGAGUGCCCGGUGAUCCUGAGGAUGUACGAGGACUCGGCCCUGCUGAGAGACCGCAGCACCGUCAACGCCCUCAUCAGCGUCCUGCAGACCCUGCACGACUUCCCCAUCACGCUGGAGAGCUCGCUGGUCAAAGGCGUCGACCUUUAACCCGAGCAGAGGCCGCUGGGACGCCGCUCAGCUCUGGAUUUUAAAAAAAAAACACAACUCAAAAAACAAACAACAAAAAACAACAAAACAAACCACUUUCCCCGCUCCCUCGCUGUUCCUCUCCGCUGACGUCAUCGCCCGUUGAUGAGGCCUGCUUGAUCCGAUUGGCUCUGGGAUUCGACAUGUGACCAGGGAAGGAGGAAGAGUGAGGCGUGAGAACUUUUUAAAGAGACAAAGAGACGCUCGGUCUACGCUUUGGAUCGCCGAGGAGUUUGGAUGCAGUAUUGAUACCUAGCCUGCGGUUCUGAAAGACUCUUUAACUUUAAUCUAGAGUGCUUUUCUUGUUUUGUUUUGUUUUGUUUUGUUUUUUAACCUACACCUAUGUGCAAACGCUGUGUAGCCUUUGUAGGUGCAUCUAGGUAGACCGUGUGAUCAAAUCCUUUCUGUUCCCUGCCUGCUUCCUACCUGUGAUCGCCGUCAUCCCUCGUUUAGCGUCGGUAGCAUUAGCAGAAGCAUGCCUAUGGGUCAGGGACGAGGAGACAGACACAAGAAGUCCCCGCCGGAGGGACUGAGGAUGUACAAACACACGGUGAUGAUGAAGGUGAGGAAGGUGACGGGGCGGCUCUCCUCUGAGCUGGACUUGGACUGGACUUUUUCCCCGGCGUCUUGUUUCAGCCCGCGGAUCCUAACGGACGCAAAGUCUACUGAUCAGAGAUGUGGCUCGGAAAGGCGGGAGCUUAACCUGCAGCUGCAUGGACAUUCCUACCAAAAACGACAGGCGCGGACCUGGCUGUUUUAAGAUGCUGUGUGUGUGUGAGUGUGUGAGUGAGUGUGUGUGUGUGUGUGAAUAAGCGGAGGUUGGAUUUUACGGACAUGUGUGUGUACAGAUGUGUGAACGCGUGUUAAUCCUCCUUUUAUUUUUGUAUCUUCCAGCUUCAAGUUUUCCAAGUUGAUCUACUGGUUUCUGUACUAAAAUGCACUGAAGCAGCAAAGUGUGUGAGCGAGCGAGCGAGAGAGAGAGAGAGAGAGAACCUGUGUAUGCCUGACAGAUUAUAAAGUCUCAUGGCUGUUCAUCUUAAAACGGACAUUUCGAGACCGUUUGCCAAUAACGACACUUCACAGUUUCAUAGUUUCUCCUUUACCUUUACAGUGACUUAAGUUAAUAAAUGCAAAAUGCACUGGAAGACAAAUGGAUACAAUAGGAAUUUCAUGGUGAAUCAGCCCCUUUUAAGUUUUUCUCCUAUUCUAUUCGUCAAAGCAUUAAUUUGAACUUAUCGUUUAAAUCCUCACAAACUAUCCAUAUCCAUACAUCCCCAUUCAAACUGAGGGCUUGUCUGACCUCAACAGGGUUUUUUCUUUCACUUUUUAUUCAUAUUUAGAUAUAAAACUUUUAAUUUAUUCCAUAAUUGAGCCCACAGCCUCUAGAGAUGGCUGGUAACUCGUUCAAUCUGUUUUUUUGUUUUUUUUUAGUGAUCUGCAUUAAAAAAAAAAAGGGUGCACUUGGACCCUUUCACCACGAUUGCCACUGACCGCUUUCUGAAUUAACCUCUAAUUGAGAACGGUGUAAAUAUUUUCGUUUGUGCAUGUUGAUAAAGUGUAUUUCUUGUGACUCUCCCCUCUGAUGAAGUCAGGACAAAAGGUUUUGAGGAGUGUGAGGGGGUUUAAAAAGAAAAAGAAAUAGACACGGGACGUCUCUUUGCCCUCCCUUCUGCUUUGACCUGCAGUAUUUAGUCUGUGAAGGACAUGCGGCCUGUUGGGGGUUUGCUUUCAUUUAUUUAAUAAUUUAAUUUUAACAGGCUGAGGUAGGAAGCCUGUGGAAUAACCAGGGAAAACACAUCUGGAGUGAAACCAGUAACCACAUUUUCCACUGAAACUCAUGUUGUACCACUGUGAUAUCGGACUGUCCAAGAGUUGGAAAAAUGCAAAUAUAUAUAAAAAAAAAAAAAAAAAACUUUCCUCUGUCUUGUCUUUGGGGGUUUAACCACAGAGUAGGUGUGCUGCGUCAUGCAUGCCCGGCUCCACUUCUUCUUUCAGCAUCCCGAGCAAACCUCCUCCACCGUCAACGAACAAGAAACAAACAGAAACAGAAACAGAAAGCGGGCACUAGACUGUAAAUCGCCCCCAUCCCACCCCAGCAGGUUCCCUCCUGGAGGAAACACGCCGUGGAUGAAGCCGUUUCCAGCUCCCUGCCUCCUGUCUUUGCUUCAGAAUAAAUGGUUCUUUUGUUACAGAAAACGUUGCCCGCGUGUGACAAAUGGUUAUUAACACACCGAGUUGGCUCUGCUGGAACGUGAAAUAGGAAAUGCUACUGAACCGGAGGCCUCUCUGUGGGCGUCACGGUUGCAAAUCGAGUCGUGGGAAGGACAGUAACGAAGUAAACGAAAGGAGUUUUAUGUCUCUGUAGAAGUGACAGACCUGUUCUGAUAUUUAUUAUGCCUAUUUCAUUAAAAACACCCAGUGUGUGACAA